UAUUUGUUUAUCUUAGUGGCUUAGUUCGUGUCACUUAUACUCGAGUUUGUUUUCGUCGUUUUCGAGCGGCACGACGAGGUGUCCAUUCCAAUAAUUCGAUAAUAGUGAUAAUACCCAUCAGUAUUCACUUGUCGUAUCAGAACCAAAAGAAAAGUUUCAUUAAAAACAGCCCAAAGAUCUAAAGAUCGAUAUUUUAUUUGACCGAAUAUUUUUAAUAGGCUAAUACAUAUACAUCAUUCGGUCGCGAAUUCACUCGACAGAUUCGUUCGUUUUGAUUCAUUCAGUCGCGACCAUCGCAACUCUAUUACAUAUUACACAAUGCAAAAUAAAAUAAUUUGUGUGCCCGGACAACGGCUUUGUCGACUAGAUUCGACACACACUUUAGGUAAAGGGACAUACAAAAGACAAGAUUACAUUUAUUCUAGUUUGGCUGGAAUCGUGAAUGUAGAUAAUACAAACAAUAAGAUAUCUGUAGUGGAAGUUCGAAGUAAAGAUAAGACUAUUGUUCCUGCACCUGGAGACAUUGUAACAGCAAUGGUUACUACAAUAAACCAAGAUAUGUGCAAGUGUCUUAUUACAAGUGUCUGUGGACAUGAGCUGAAUGAAACGUACAGAAGUAGUCUAAGAAGACAAGAUGUGCGCAUGAAAGAAAUAGACAAAAUCGAUAUGUUACAGUGUUUUAGACCAGGAGAUAUAAUAUUAGCUAGAAUAUUGCCAAUGACUGAAGCUCAUACCUUUAAACUAACCACUGCUGAAAAUGAACUUGGUGUAGUUAUUGCAUGCAGUGAAUAUGGGCAUCCAAUGACCCCAAUUAGUUGGACAGAAAUGAAAUGUACAAAAACAAGUGCCGUAGAAUACCGAAAAGUAGCAAAAAUUGUUCAAGACAACACUGAAAAAAACAUUUCAUGAUAUUAUCAAUUAUUAUUUUUUUUAAUACACACAUUAUUUUUGUGUAAAAAUUAAU